UCAGUUUAUUGGGAGACGAUCGCCGAACGAGACCGUAGCAAAAUAUUUCAUGUCGAGCAGCGGUACAGACCAACAGCAAUAUAUACAUCUAUACAUAUCCCUAAAUACAUAUAUAUUCAUGUGGUACCAGCUGGCAGUGGCAGUUUUGAGUGCGGCAAGACGCGUCAAGUGAAAUCGAAUUAUAUCAGAAACAGAAGAAACAGCCUCCCGACCAAUAGAACGACAACAAAGAUGACGACACAGCAGUUGCUUAACAAAAAUGUUCGAAAUAUGCCCUCAUGGGUGAUGGAAGCAAAUGAUCGCAUUGGACCAAAGCCACCGCCCACUCCCCCAAAUGGGGUGGCAAGCAAUGGGAGUGGAAGUCUGCCCAAGGCUCCAUCCCUGCCGCCCAAAGUGAAGACCACCCCAGAACCCGACUACGAGGUCAUUGAGUUCUCCAACCAGCAGCAGCAGUACUCCAACGAACCCAUGAAAACCACAGUGAUCCGAACAAAGACACCAGACAACAAAUUGAAGUGCACUCUGUGCGGCUCCCAGAACCCGUGGGUUACCUGUGCCGAGUGUGCAGGCCAGAUCUUCUGUGCCUCUUGCGACGACAUGUUUCACAAGCAUCCGAAGCGAAAGCAACACAUGCGAAAGGCUGUGGAGCAGGGCACACCGCCCAUACCACCCAAGGUACAGCCAGGUGGUGGGCCAUCAGCGCCAGUGGCGCCACCGCGUCGCAGCAAGCGGGGGCUGCUGACUCCGUUCCUGGGACGGAAGGAUCAGAUGCUACCGCCACCCUCGCCCACACCCUCGCACAAGUCCACAGUCAGCGCCUGGCGGGGUGCCGCGAGCGGAGGAACCGCCACACCACCCUUUCCGCCGGCUGCCCCACAGAUGACCAAUCGCCCGCUGCCGGAGCCGCCCAGGAGUGAGGGUGGGGGCUCCUCCAGAUCGGGCACGCCCAAGUCCGUGUUCGAUGCCAUACAGAGACCACCGUCGGUGCAGCUAGAGAAGAUCAAGAGCAAGGCCAGUGCCACGCUGGACCGCAUGGCCAUACUGCAGCAACGAUACCGACAGCAGAAGGCACAGCAGCAGGGACUGGAUCCAGGCGACGAUCAGCACUUUUUCAAUGGAAAUGGCUUCGAGCAUUGGUCAAACAUCUCACCGUCGCCCUCGCAUUUUCGUUGUUCCGGCAGCAUGUCAUCCGGUUUGAACUCAUCCCAUUUCGAUCUAUCGGAUGAUCUCUCACACAAUUUUCACUCGAAUUCCCUGUUGCUCCAACAACAACAACGACAGGCAGCGGGUGCCCAGCGCCGUCAGAUGAGCACCUCGGUGUUCAAUUUGAAUACCGCCACAGCGAACAGCCGCAGGCCCCUGGCGGAGACAACACAGAAUGGAGGUGGAGCCGCCUGGCUGGCCAAUCAGCGAAUGCAGCAGGCCCAAUCCAUGGCACAAUUGAACUGCGCUGGCUGUCAGCAGAAUCAGCAACGCGGUGCCUGGCCCCAGCACCCCCAUCAGCAUCAGCAUACCGAUGAGUGGUCACAGUUUGGCUCCCAACAGCAGUUCAACCACUCGAAUCUCUCGCUGAAUGUGGGUCCCGGGUACUUGCCACAGCAGCAGCAGCAUCAUCCCCACUAUCCACCGCCUCCUGUGUUCAUGACGCAGAGGGGAAUGGUUCCGCAUAUGUAUCCCGGGGCACCAGGAGGCUAUCCCAUGAUGCAUCCAGGUGUCAUGGGCAUGCCGCCUUCGACUUCAACUCGAGCCACUUCCCGUGCUCGGUAUGCCGCCUCGCCCACACCCAGUCGGAAAUCCAUGACCAUGCGACGGAAGCGAAGCAGCUACGGGGACGAUGAGCUCACAGAUGACGAGGACUCUGAUCAGGACGAUCGCCGUUCUUUGGUGUCGAAUAGAUCGGCCAUGACCAGCGCCUCGCGAUCCCACCAUCAGCAUCAUCAGCAGCGUCCGAGGCGUCUGUCGAGCGCCUCGCAGUUCAUUGGCAACGAUGAGGUUGAUGGCGAACAGAGGCACGGAUCGAGGCAGCACAAGAUGAGGGAUCGUCGAGGAUCCGUUGCCAAGUCAGUGCAGAGCGAAUGGCUGCCGGAGAGACGCGACUCCAAUGCCAGCAAUGCAGGGGGCACACUCAAGAGAACUCAAGCAGCACCAGUGGAACAACCUGCCCGAACGAGUCGCAUCUACUCUGAUCUGGAGUCCGAGGGUUCGGGUACACGGGCCUUGGUCCAGGCCAAAAUCCAACAGAAACUCCAGGAGGCGGAUCAGCACAAGUCCAGCAAGAAAUCGGAGCAUAGACGGAAACCAGAAAUGAAGGAUGAGAACACUCAGGCAGCGGCUGUGGUGCAGAAGGUGGUGCCAGCCCCGGAGGAGAGCCCUUCGGAGUACGAGGAAGUGGUGGAAGAGGUCACGGCAUCGGAGAGUGAGGCAGAAGCAGAAGCAGCCACAAGUCCGUCACAAAUCCAGGCCACACCUGAAGAGGUGGAAGCUGAGGCAGACGACCUGGGGCCGCCACCAUCGACCCCGGAUCACGAAUGGGAAUGCGAGUUCUGCACUUUUGUGAACGAGCCGAACAUUAAGAUCUGUUCCAUCUGCUGCAAGACACCAAGCAAGCCACCAUUGCCACCCAACAAAACAAAUAAGACAGCAGCCAAGCCACAAACUGAAUCUGUCCAGUCCAGUAAGCCAAAGAAUGCCAGCAAACCGGAGGCCCAACUAGUGCGGAGGUCCUCGAUGAAGUCCCAGAAGUCAGCCAGCGAGAGAACAACCAGUGGAACCAGCACUUCGACAGCCACAAACACAGCACACACAACCGCAAGCAGCUCCAGGAGCACCCCAGCAGCCAUUAGGCCAACAGCAGCCCCCACAAGCCACUCAAAGAGCACCACAUCGGCCACAACUAACUCUAGAAACUCCACAAGCCACGCCAAGACCUCCACAGCGGCCACAAGCAUCGCCAAAAGCUCUGCAGCAUCCACGAACAAUGCGAAGAUCUCCACACAAAAAAAUAAUGUAAAGCCCAGCCCAAAGCCUACGCUGAAAACUUCGUCGGAGAACGAAUCCGAUAACUCCCUGGCCAGGGGCUUCAUGCACAAAGAGUCCGUGGAGAACAUUUGGAACAUUCUGGAUGAGAGCAUACAGGCCCAGGCGGAGGAAGUCUUCAAGCAGGCGCAGAACAAGGUGUCGACGCCGCCCAGGGAGCUGAUGGAAAUGGGCACGUCGCCGCCACCUCAGAGCAUAUCCACACAAACCUACGACGCUCUGCCUUUUGUCUCUAAGCCGGAGGCACCAGCAGUGCCAAUGUCGGUGCCAGAGCGCUUUAGGACCCCGGAACCCAACAACAAAAUGGAACGACGUCCUUACUAUCGCAGUAACUCGCAGCUGCCGCAGGAGAACGAACGUUAUCGAAGUGCGAAUGACCUGAGAUACGGCAACAACGAAGGAGGAGGCUAUGGCUUGGAUCCUUUCCUGAAUACAGGACAGGUUACGAGGCGACCAAACUUUAUAAAUGAACUGCGAAUGCUGCAACAUCAAACUUCGUCCCCCUUUAACCUGCCUCAGGACACAUUCACGAUGAAUCUGAAGCACGAACCAGCCAGAGAUCCCGAGACCGAGAUGCACAUCAUUCUGAAAGAGUUGGAGCUGUAUAAAUUCACGGUGGAAGAACUGGAGGCUGCUCUCAAGUACUGCUCGCCGGAAACCCAUCCCAUCCAGUGGCUGCGCGAGAACUGGCUGAAGUUGGUGCAGACCGUCCAGAGUUUGUCCACGAAAUAUGGCCAAGAGCGCGGAGAGAAUACCAUUGGCAGCAUCUCGCAGAAUGAGGCCAGAGAGGCGCUGCGCAGCUCCAGCGGCAAUGUGUGGCAGGCAGUGGCCGACUGCAUCCAGCAGCGGCAGCAGAAGUACCGGAAGCUGGCCUCCAAGGGCAACUUCCUGCGGGAGGACAUUGUGAAUGCGCUGACGGCGCAUCAAGGUAAUGUGGAUCAGGCGCUGUUGGAGCUGAAUCGCACACAACUCAAACCAUUUCUAAUGCGCAUCUGGGGCUCGCCGAAUGGCGUUGAGAAUGAGAGUGGAGGUGGAGUGGCGCCCGUAGACACCAAUUCGGAUAUCACAGACUUCCUCAACACUCACGCUUUGGAUUGCCUGCAACAGCCACAGAUACAGAUACAGACACAGAUACAGCCAUUCGAUUCGAUCUCCACCACAGACGACAGCCACAGCAGCCCCACCAAAUCCUCGUAUGCCACCCCGAGUCCCUACCAGCUGGAGGACAGCACCCUGAAGAAUCUCGAGAUUCUCAUUGGCAACAUGGAGCAGAACCAGGCCAAGCAGAACCAGGAUGUCCUGCGCUCCAUCGAGAGCAUGCUGGAUACGUUCAAGGGCAGGACGGAGAUGGAGUACGAGACGGAUCCCGAAGUGAUGCGCAUUCUCACCAAGAGUCCCAUUCUCAGCGCUCUGAAGACAGCAUCAUCAUCAUCCCUGGUGGAGGACAAGUCGUCGGAGGAUGUGAAGAACUUUGUCUGGCAGCAUAUCCAGGAUAUUGUACCUAAUCUAGUGCAACAGGUGGAACAAGAGCUCAAGGCAGAACCACAGGCACAGUCACAGGCCCCCGCUAUGGCAAUGCCAGUGGAAGAACCCUUGCCAAUAGAGAAUAUCGAAGAACCGAAAGAGGACCCUCCUGUACCCAAAGUGGAGCCUGUACCUGAGCCAGAGUCUAUACAAGAGACCGUGGCUGAACCAAUUUUCGAUCCUGGCGUCUACAUAAUGGAAGAGUUUAUCAAACCCAACAUUCGGGAAGCCUCCAUACGCGAAGAACUCGCCACAAAUUUUAUUUAUGCCACAGAAAUAGCCAACUUCAAAUUGGAGUUUGAUCGUGGCAUGGAAAGGCUGCACGAAGCCGAAUGGGAACCCGAGGAUCUGGAGGAUGCCAAACACAUCGUUUACAAGAGUUACACAGCCCCAAAGGAGGAGGCUCCACCAAUGGUAGAGGAGGUUCAAGUAGAAGCAACAGAAACCCCAAAAGAAACUACGAUUGAGAGUCCCUUUGUCCCUAUAAAUAUUGAAGAAGUUACGCCACCUGUGGCCACAAAUGCAGAAGAAAUUAGUCCAAAAGAUACUUUAAGAGAAUCCACAACUGCAAAAGAAAUCAAAGAAGAUACAGUGGAUGUUGCUCCAGUAGUUGCCAACGAGAUAUUGGAAGGAACAGCCCAAAAGGUACAAUCACAACCCAUAGAAUCACAGGCCCAACUGGAUGACAGACCCAGCACAAGCAGAGAAGCCAAUCGCAGGAAUAAGCGAUCGCAGCAAGCCAAAAAGGGUCGAGCACGAGAGCAGAGCCAAAGGCCUGUGAACAGAGUUAAGCUUCCUCCAAAAGAUGCUGAAGCAAAAGAGGUCCUGAGAGAUGCUGCUCCUGCAGCUAUAGAAAUAAAGAGUCAAAACCAAGAGACUCAAAUCCGAGAAAAUCCGAAAAAUGAUUCUGGUGAGAUAUCAACAGAGAUAAAAACUUCACCCCAAAUUGAAGUAGAGAAAAAUGAACAAGUCAUACCAGAUGCAGAAUCGAAUGUGGAUACAAACAUAUCUCUCUCAGUCCAAGAUGAAAAUAUUAACCAGAUUGAAGAUACUCAAACCCUUUCGGAUGUCACCGAAUUGAAGCAGACCAAUGGAGUAUCUCAAUCGUUGGACACCGUGGAGAAUAUCGAAACCAUUAAUGCUGAAGAUCCGCCUCAACAACGGGCAGCUCUAGAGGAAGACCUCGAUUUGACUGUCGCAUCUCAAGCUAACGAUGAUGCAGAGGAUGCCCUUCAGAGUACUUCAGAGGCUUCUCCAACACAAGAAACUCUACACAUCAUGGAUACACAAACCACAACUACAGAUGGCGAGGAAACCCCCAUCAUUUCUACAAUUAAAACCGAUCAAAAACGUGGCCCAAAACGAUUCUCUAGAAUACCAGUGAGAACAUCAAGUACCCAUAGUCUGCGCAGUGAAAGUAGAGCCAGCAAUCAUACUCCCACUGCAGCUGAAGAAAUCGAAAUGGAGGAAACCACUUCCAGGGAAGAUCAGUUUGAAGAGGAGCAGCUUAUUACCAGAGAAGAUCAGACCAGAGCGACCAUUACAGCAGAAGAACAUCCGAUGGAUUCUACCAACUCAGGACUCUCCAUUACAGCAGUUCAACCCAUCCCUUUAGAGCAAGAGAUAACCCCAGUUAGUCCUGUGGAAUCCGAUGAGAUAUUCGAGGAUGCCCCAGAAUUCAGUAACAGUGAAGGAACCCGACCACAGGACGAGGAGGCUGCCUCCGAUACAGAGCUCUACAGCAUUGACGACAGCGACGAGCAGUCCCAGGCAGAUCUGCGAGAGGAAACAAACAAAUCCCCAGAGAACAACGCAGAGGAAGUAAUCCUGGUGAUUGGUGAGGACUUUUCUGCACAGGACAUCAGCAUUGACUCGCACUCAAGUCAAUCGGAGGGCUCCAGAAUUGUGCUGAAAGAGUUCAUUCCCUCGGGAGAUCCUGCCAAGCAAAACCUCAGCGAGUUGGUCUCGGACACUCAGCGUUUGAUCAAGCAAAUGCGCGACGAGAUCAGCAUGGAUGACUUCGAGUCCACCGACGAGGACGAGUACUCCGAAGACUAUUCGGACGAGUACGACGAUGGCGAGGAGGAGGAGGAGGAAUGGUACGACAGCGAGGGCGAAGAAGAGGGCGACUAUGACGGGGAGGAUGGCACCACUUACAAUGAGCACACAUCCUUCGUGGGAGACGCCUCCAGCGGUGACGAAGGCACCGAAAUCGAGGACAUCAUCGAAGAAGAUGAAGAGCAGGAGGAGGAGGAGGAGGAGGAGAAAGACAAAACCAGUCCCACACAGAAAACGAACAUGAACCCUGAACCACCAGCCACCGAUCCCUCCCAAUCAGUCACGCCCACCAGCCAUGAUGCAGAGACUGAGGUUGUUUCAUCCACAGGAAACAGUCUGCGGGUUGAGUCACUGCUGCCACAAGUGGAGGCAGUGGAGGAGACAACCACAGAGGAGGCCCUCCCCAUCCAACCUCCUCCCAUCAUAGAAGAUUCAGAGAGUCGUCCAGUCGAGCCACCCACUGAAAUAGUCCUGGAAAUCCACCCAGAAGCAGAGCAAAACUUACAGGUGGAGGAACCAACCUACGCCCUGCCCAUAGCACAUGCCCCACCCUUAGUCGAUUCCGAGUCCCGACCCGUGGAGCUGCCCGUUGAAACCGUACUGGAAGAGCCCAAAAAGGUAACCCCGAAACAAGCGAAAACAGCCAACAAGACAGCCACAGCCCACACUGAAGGACCCAGCACCGCCAGAGGUGCGAAAUCCACGAUCAGUAAAAUACCCAAGCCCACAAAUGAACCCACUCCAAGCAACAAGAAGGUUCCCUUCCGUUCAAAGUCCUUCUCCGCACCCAUGGGCAUAUCCUCAGUGAAACGCAUCCAGCAGGAAUACCUCCAGAAGCAGACCACAUUCAGUGCCACGAGUGCAGCCUCACGGGUGCCCCUCAAGAGCAGUCCCACCAACAAGAAUUCCAUCAGCGAUGCCAUCAGUAGGUUCAACACAAAGACCUCCAACAUGCUACCCUUGGAUGGACCCAGCACGAGUGGAGCGGCAGCGGCGGCUGCUGCGGCACUCCUGAAGCCACGAUCCCAGCCUCGCAUACCCAAGAAGAAAUACCACGAGACCUGCUUCUCCGAUGAUGAUUAUGAGACCUCAGCCAGUGAUGAGGAGGGGGAUAAUGGUGAUUCACAAAUCAACGAACCCCUGCGGGCAGAACUUCUAAAGCGUAAGCUGAGUAUUCCUGUCUUUCGGGCAUAUCCUAGUGUCCAGGAACCGGUUAUAGAGGAUCCAGCGGUCCUGGCCCAAAAGUAUGUGGCAGAAGGCACGCUGACGAGCGUUGGUGAGGCGCAGAUAGCUGCCACUUUGGUGAACAUGAAGUUCCAAGAAGAUGUGGCCCUGUGGGCGGCCAGGGAAUGCUCAGACUUGGACCAGGCCAUAGCCAUGCUGCAGCAGGACUGCGAGCUGUGCAUGAACACCUAUCCGAUGAACCAGAUUGUGUCCAUGCUCAAGUGCACCCACAAGUGUUGCAAGCAGUGUGCCAAGAGCUAUUUUACAGUGCAGAUCACCGAUCGCAGUAUCAACGAUUGCAGUUGCCCGUACUGCAAGCUGCCAGAGCUGAGUAACGAGCAGCAGCACGAGGACGAGCAUCUGGAAUACUUCUCCAAUCUGGACAUCUUUCUCAAGAGUAUUCUCGACCCCGAUGUGCACGAGCUCUUCCAGCGCAAGCUCCGGGAUCGCACGCUCCUGCAGGACCCCAACUUUAAGUGGUGCAUUCAAUGCUCCUCGGGCUUCUUUGCCCGGCCCAAGCAGAAGCGUCUGAUAUGUCCCGAUUGUGGCUCGGUGACCUGCGCCCAGUGCCGCAAACCCUGGGAGCGACAGCACGAGGGCAGCAGCUGUGAAGCGUACCUGGAGUGGCGGCGGGAGAACGAUCCCGAGAAGCAGGCGCAGGGCGUACAAGAGCAUUUGGCUCACAACGGCAUUGAUUGUCCCAAAUGCAAGUUCCGAUAUUCGCUGGCCAGAGGUGGCUGCAUGCAUUUCACCUGCACCCAGUGCAAAUUCGAGUUCUGCUAUGGCUGUGCGCGACCCUUCAUGAUGGGUGCCAAGUGCCAGGUGUCCUCCUACUGCGCCAAGCUCGGCCUGCAUGCCCAUCAUCCGCGCAAUUGUCUCUUCUAUCUGCGGGACAAGAUCCCCCUGCAGCUGCAGUUCCUGCUCAAAGAACAGAAGGUCCAAUUCGACACGGAACCCGUGCAGGUGCAGGACGAGCUGAGUAGCUCGAUUACGGCCCGUGCCAUGGCACGCUGCCCCAUCCCACUGCAAAAGGAGACGCCCCAGGGACUGGUGGAUACGGUAUGCAACACCGAAGUGCCCGACAAGCAUGCGGGAAUGUGUCGCACCCACUACGUAGAGUAUUUAGCUGCCAAGGUGGCCAAGGCCGGCAUCGAUCCGUUGCCCAUUUUCGAUCUAACAGACUGCGUGCAGGAACUGCGUAGGCGUGGUAUUGCUUUGCCCGAACGCGGACCCUGGGACACCGACGAGAUCUACAAGAAAAUGUGCUCAGAGGUAAUCAAACAGCAUAUUCCACUGAAGUCGGCCUGAUGAACACACAUUAUGAAGAUAAGUUGAACGCGUGUUCGACUGUUUCAAUUCUUCAUUAAUUUUUAUGAUUUAUGGCAAACAUUUUUAUAGACAUUUUAUAUCGUACGAAACACAUUUUGGACAGCUCGUUAGAUUUUAGACACCUACUACAUCCAUCCACCCACCCAUAUCCAUAAAUAGAGCCUUUCUGUAUUUGUUUAGUUACUAAGUGAUUGAAAACAGCAGCCCCAAGAAAUCUACCAAAAGAUUUGCACGUGCACCAAAGUGCAUCCAAUAAACCGAAAAUGAAAGA